CAGGCACAGGAGAGGUAGGUGGAUCUAUGUAGUGGAUGGGAUACGACUGGGUAUGGGGACAGUCCUGUGUCGUCCUUAGCUAGACAACCUAGCGGAUAUAGAAUCAUAGCUGUGUUGUGUAUACCGUUUUCUGUUAACUACCGUGAACUGUGCAUAGGCCUACCUUCAAAAUGCAUUCUAUUUUGGAAAUGUUUCAUGAACUGAAAACGUAAAGUUUGGAUUUAAUGUAAUAUGAAGCCACAUAUGGAAGAAGGAAAACCAUUUCGCCUCCAAUAUAGACCUAAAGCGGGAUAAAUUAAUAUGAAACAGUGCCAUCUUGCCUUUGACAGAGAACUUCAACUACACAAAUAAACAAUGUGAUCGUUUUCGAUAUAAAGAUUCACAUUCACAAAACAUGGCCUUAACGAAUGUUGAUUCCAACGUGAUUAUUUUCUGAAACGGAAGUGAUAUAUCCACACUUCAACAUUUCGACAUUUUUCGGAUAAAAGAAACGAAUGGAUAGCAGCGACCCUAGCGGCGCGCAAGAGUCCCAGGCGACACUGCUGUUUUGUCGCAUGUGCCAGGCUGUUUACAGGCAGCCGAAGCUGUUGCCCUGCCUGCACAGCUUCUGCAGGCCGUGUAUCGUCAACGCCGUCAGCCACUCGGCUGCUGGGGGCACCGUGGUCGUCUGCCCGCAGUGCUCCUACCAGGCCAGACUGCCGCCCAAUGGCAUUGUCGGGAUACCGGACAACCCGUUGCUCAACAGGUUGUGUCAGCAAUACCUGAGUGAAGUUCAAACUCACCUCGUGGCCAGAUCUCUACAAGCCGACCCCAAAAGCCUCUCGCCCAAGCCGUCAGAGUUCACCGCCCUCCGCUCCAGGCUGAGCGAGGAACUGACCCACCCCAAGUUCACACCCUCGGACAGCCCCAAGCGCAGCCACAGCAGCGGCAGCUCCCGACCCUCGUCGGUCGGCAGCGCUGAAGACGUUGCGGACACGGGUCUAUCGGCCGACGUCUUCACGGUGGACCGUGGACCCUCCAGCAACACGGCGACCACCAUCGAAGCGAUACGGAACAUGAGCCGGAUCCAGACCAAGAUCAUGAGUCUGCAGGGCCAGGCUCUGAAGGUGACCUACGCCAUCGACCAGGUGAACCAGAGCAUGAUUGAGUGGCACCGCCACAAGGAGGACCUCAAGCGUGCCGUGGAGAGACGCUCGGCCCAGUUCCAGUUCUACAUCAAGAGAAUGGAGCACCAGCUCCUCAAUCAAAUCGACAGCAAGAUGUCCGACGACCAGUUCUACGGGGAGUCGGAUCAGAGUAAGACGGAGCUGAGGAAGAACCUGAAGAACAUCCUGCACGAGGUGAGCGUGCUCAAGUGUGUCCAGGACUUGGGUAAAGAUGCCGAGGUCAACACGCUGAGUCCAGCAGUGCUGAGCAAGUCGGUUGGCAUGACGGAGGUCAAGCUGAAGAAGUUACACUAUGAUAUUAUUGUCCCGGCUAAAUCUUUAGAAGAACUUGUUAACGAGGCCUUUGGUCAUGUGGCCUUAGCAUCAGAGGAUACGAGUGUCUUUGCCCCAGAGGUGUUGGACUUUACAGACAUUCAGCUGGGGCUAUCCUCGGAUAGUCCUGUGAGGGAUAGUUCAAGUGUAACUUUGGAAGAGGAGGUUGAGCGUGUUUCGAAGGAAGACGAUGAGGUCGAGAAGUCAAAGAAAAGGUCUAGUGAAAGAAGGUCCAGAAGGCACAAUACAGAUUUGGGCUUAGAGUCGACUGAUGUCAAGGAGUAUCUCGCUCAGUUCCAAACUGCAAGGGAGACUUUCAGGAACAGGAGGAAGGAAAUCUUACAACAGGGGCAACUAGCUAGGGAGGAUGCUUCCCCCAUGAGGCACGAGGUCAAGACACGGCCGAGAUCAAAUUCCAGAAACGGCCGUGUCCAGUCUCUGGACAGGUCCAACAUACCCAUGACCAGAGGUAGGUCACUUCUGCCCAGCCGUAUGGCGUACGAUGAGCGGCAGACUCAGAACACCGCGGGGGCUGCGUCAAACCCGUCAUCAGAGACGAUGAUACAGUACCAGUUUGGUGCGGCAUCCGGGAUGAGGAUCGACGACAUCAGCCUGCCAUCUCCUGUGAUAGAGGAAGCCUCAGUCCCCAGUUCCCCCAUCAAACGGCUGGUCAAGCAAACAUCAGACCCGCGGUACUCAGCAGACAGAGUGUCCUCCCCUGAAGAGGCAUCUGGUUCAGACAUAUUCCCAGGCCAUGACCAUUACCAGACUUCCGUCAGACGACACUCCUCAGACCAAGUCUCUCCCCUGAUGUUAAAAGAUUAUGUUCCUUUAGAAAUACACAAAAGUGACCCCAGCUCUCGGCCUGUACGCAGGGCUAUCAGCUCAGCCUCGGAUAGGAGAUCAAAAAUAGAAUACCUGCGAGAAAACUGGCAGAGAAGGAAGGAGAUACUGAAACAAAGUGAAGGGUUUGUGAGCUCAGAUAGUCAACACACCCGGCCUUUGGUUAUGCUCAUAUCCACCAAAACACCGCCCCAAUCACCACUACAAGCCAAGCCUACAAUCACAACCAUUGAGGAGCACAACACAGAGAGCUACCCCACACAUGAGGGCACGUCUCCGCCCCUGUCGCCUCGUCACAUCGCGAGCCCCAUCCAGCAUGUGAGAAGUGGGUUCUCAAAGUUUCAAUCCUCCAGCCUGGACAGUGGGGGCAAAUACACUAGUGAUGACAGUGUAGGCAGACAGAGAACAGAGAGUGCGAAGAGUGAACUCUCCAAGCAGGCUGAAGAUUCAACCAAUCGUCAAGUUUUUAACAAAACAGAGGUUAAGAUAGACAAUAGAGCAGAAGAGGAGACAAAGAUCUCAGAUAAGCAAACAGCUGAAACACAUAAAACUUUAACCCGUGAAAUUACUCCUGAAACAAUUCCUGUAGUUCAAACAAAUAUAGUGCAAGAGGAACAAACUAAUAUAGUACAAAAACCAACAGAGGUUACAAAAACAGAGAGCACUGUCAUGACUAAAGAACCAGUUACAUCCCCAGUCACGGCCUCGACAACCACCAGCAAAUACGCAAGAAACACCACGGUCAAGCCUAAAACAGACAGCAUUGACGUGAUGGCCCUGAUUGCCAACUUCUACAAGGCUGGCUCCACCACAACACAAACAUCAACCACCACCACAGCAAGCGUCGCUACUGGACAAACAUCAGUGUCCGUUACCUCCUCCACUAGCUCAACACCAACAACCUCAGCUGAAAGCAACGCACCAACAGUGACAAGUCCAACUUCAAAUUUAGAACUCAGGUACCAACAAAUCAAAUCUCGUUACAGUUCUAUAUUUGCAACAAGCUCAACUACCGCCACUACCACAUCAGAGUCCAACAAGUCCACAGCCGCUGGGGACACUUCCACACCAGUGACCACAAGCACCCAGCCGCCUCCUGCAGUUACAGGGUAUGUGAGAAAAUAUGAACCUAUAGGCCCACGGUAUGGCUCCAGUUAUUCAACAAGAACCACAACCUCAGCCGCUACAACUUCUGCUGUAACUGACAAUGGUCAGCAACCCAAAGAUGUGGCCAGCACCACAUCUACCACAUCUACCACUGCGACUACUGAGAACCAGCAAGUGCCAGCAACAACAGGAUAUGUACGAAGAUUUGAACCAAUCAGACCACGAUACAGUUCAAGCUACCUAUCCAGCACAGCAGCUUCAACAGCGCCUGCUGCUCCAGCAACAAAGGAACCAGACAGUGUUCAAACUGAAACUAACACUGCCACUACCACGACACCAGAGACCGCUACUAUCGACCAAACUUCCACAGAAAGUGCGAGUCGCUACGAGCCACGACGGUCCCGUUACACUGCAUCAGGUUUCAACAGAAGACAUACAAUAGAAGUCGGUAAAAGUGACAUACAAGAAGCCCUAGCCCUCAACUCCAGAAACGGUGCCUCGGUAACCCCUAUGCAACCACCCAUCACAACAUCAUCCACCAGCAGCGCAGCCCAACCCAGCAACAUCAUCAUCCAGACAACAGAACCAGAGGCGGACAUGACCAAGGUAACGUUUAAAAUUGGCCCCAGAGGCGGGGUCACCAAGUACAUUCCAACACCCCUCAACCUGGAGCCACUGGAAGAAGGCUCCGUGCUAGAGAGCCAAAGCCCAGUCAAGAAAGGUACCAGCAUCUCUGCUGCCAUCGCCGCCAUUAGGUCGCCCUCGCCUUCUUUGUCCCCAACAUCUCCCAGUGGUGGGGAUAAGAAAGGCAAUCUGAGAGAAAUCGCAAGAAAAAAGAAAGAAAGAUGGAGACACCUGACAAUACACUAAGAACCAUCAGGAAGACUACCUACUACAUUGGAUAGCUGAACAGCCCACGACAUUGAAUAGAAAAACUAUCUACGACAUUGGAUAUCAAAACUACCUACUACUUUGGAUAGCUAAACAGCCUACGACAUUGGAAAGCAAAACAACGUAUGACAUUGGAUAGCAAAACUACCUUCAAUUUUGGAUAGCAAAACAAAAACAACCUACACCAGUGGAUAGCAAAACAGAAACAACCUACGACACUGGAUAGAAAACAGCCAAUGACUGAAAACAACAUUCCACGAAGGGCCAACCAGCCAAUAACAACAAGGUGUUUAUUCGUACUUAUGUCUUUCUUCAAAGAUAAAAUUACUACUCAAAUUAUUCUUUAGAAUGUACUCAACCAUGUUUCAGCUUUUGUACUUGAAUUUUGCGAAGCUUACAUAAUUAUGUAUACUGUAGAUAUUAAAAGAUCUGAACAUGCCUAUAUUUCUUACAAAUAUUCUUAGCGUAUAUCACUUAACUGCAAGCAAUACUUUCUUCUAAUGAACUGUGAUCUUUUGUGUUUUGCCCUGUGUAUCAUAUCAUUACAAAUUAUAAACUGUUACGUUCGCACAUAUAAAUAUGCUAUUGUCAUAUGGUGCUAUAUAUGAUUGCUUACUACUGCCUAAUAUGUUUUAAUUGUUAUUGUCUAUAUAAAAUAAAUUAUAGUUAGAACAAAAUUUUGUGUAUACAUUAUCCCUCAUAUAACUCCAUUAUUUUAAUGUCAACAUAAAACACACUAAUGUAGGAAUUUAAAUAUAAUUUAAAUACUGAUAUGCAUGUUAAUAUGAACGUGCUAAUACUUAUUUUUAAACUGAGUAUCAAAGUGUGGAUGUUAAAACUUUAAAAAUGUAUCUUAAGAACCUUGACUAUAAAAUGAUUAAAACUAUGAUUAGUGAAUCUACACUGAACACAUGAUGAGCAUGAGAAACAAAUUUCAAAGAGCAAUGAACAAGUGAGAUUAACAGUUAAAUCUUCCUACAUUAAACAGCUAGCUAAAGUAAAGAUUAGGGAUUUAAAAAAAAACUUUCAUUUCUUUGACAAUACAUAUCUUUGUAAAUAUAUAUUCAAGUGACUGUACUAAAGUUGUAUGCCUAGUUUAGAAAUAUUAUAAGCAUCUACAUGCUUGUAGUAUAAGAAAUGUACAAACUGUUACUUCUAUUAGCUUUUAUACUGUUUAGUAUUCACUGGAUUUAGAGGAUUUUAAUGAGCAUAUCUGCAUAUUAAAAGUAUGACAAAUCAAAGUGAUUUACUGUGCCUAAGAGGACCUAGUUAUGUUGCUUCUGGAUAAGCUCUUUUUUUGUAUAUUUCGAGUAAAAUUUUUGACAAUUUUGUUUCCUUAUUCUUGUUAUUAUAGUCCUAACUUUCACUGCUUGUGCAAUUAUUUAAAGCAUAUUUAAAAAAUAAAAUUAUUUAAACUGUU